AUGCUGAGAUAUUUUUUUUACAUAUGUACAUUGACACUGGGGACUUUUUUAUUUUGCAUUGGUUAUUUUGGACCAGUAAGUCAAAGAAGUGGCUUUAAAUCAGAAGGUACAUAUUCUGAAGAUUUUAAAGUUGAAUAUUUCAAUACUACACAGAUCUAUGAUAAAAUUAUAAUAACUUUGGUAGAUGCAUUGCGCUGGGAUUUUGUAGCCUUUGUACCAAAUUCACACAAACAUUAUCACAAUAAGUUCAAAUUUAUUCAAAGUAUCUUAAAAGACAAAGAACUAAAUCAGUACUGUAGAUUGUACAAAUUCAGAUCUGAUGCACCUACUGCAACAACUCACAGAUUAAAUGCUCUUAUGACUGGGACAAUUCCUAGAUUUAUUGAUUUAUGGUCAACCUUCAAUCCCAAAUAUAUUAAGCAAGAAACAAUAUUGCAACAACUCCACUUAAAAGAUAAGAAAAUUGCUAUUUUGGGUGAUGAUACUUGGAACUCUCUUUUUUCAAAAUAUAUAGAUUACAACCAUUAUUUUCCAUCCUUUGACAUCCGUGAUAUUAACUCUGUCGAUGAUGGAAUAAUCAAUAAUUUAUGGAAAUACCUGGAUAUAAAGGAAAUUAAUGAAGAUUCAGAAUCAUCUUUUAUUAUUGAUGACUGGACACUUCUAGUAGCCCACUUUCUUGGAGUUGAUCAUAUUGGGCAUUUGCUCAAUAUCAAUAAUCCUACAAUGGCUCUGAAACUUCAGAACAUGGAACAAGUAUUUAUGAUGACUAUCUUUAAAGCUUUAAAUAUUAAAAAAUCUUUUAAUGAGAAUAUAAAAAUAGAAGAUACUAUCAUACAAAUAGUAGAACAUCUUAAAAAUCUAAACUCUAAGAGAAUUUUGUUUUUGCUUUUUGGGGAUCAUGGUCAAACUGACAAUGGAGAACACGGUGGUAACUCUGAGCAAGAAACAGAUGCUGCAUUUUUUGCUUUUUCAAAUAUAAAAUACAAUAACUUAUCAUAUCCUCGCAAUAUAUCUGAACCUCAUAUAUUACACCAAAUAGAUUUCGUACCUACUUUAGCUUCUUUGCUUGGGAUAAAUAUUCCCAAUGAAAAUAUUGGUGUUCUAUCACAGGAUCUACUUCCAGAUAUAAAUAGUGAUGAAUAUUCCCUUAAUUCACUAAUUUGGAAGACUAAAUCUGCACAUAACAAUGCUUUACAAAUGAUUAAAAAGUUUAAAAGAGAAUUUAGCAAGAUUAAAGAAAAAGAAAAUUUUAUAACAGAAAAAUAUUCACUUUAUUAUGAAAGUUAUAUUGAUUUAAAAGAUUAUUUUGGAUUAUUGAAUUCAAUAGAAAGUGAAUAUUCAGAUCUCCAAAUAAAUAAGAAAAUCAAGUCAAAAUUGAAUAGGCAUUUGAAAAGUAGUAUUGAACUGUCACACUCAAUUCAAAAAGUUUAUAAAGAUAAUGUGAACUCUAUAUCUUGGAUCUAUGUGGUUAAUGGUAUAAGUAUAUUGAUCUGUUUAAUACUGUGGGAAUGUUUUCCACAAGUUUACAAGAAAUUUUUUUCUUCAUUUGGACCACCUUUAAAAUUACCAACCCCAAUAAUAACCCUAAUUAUAUGGCUACUAUUAAGCUCAUUUAUAUCAUAUUUUGUUUUCAAAAAUAAGUUCAAGCUUGAUAAUUUUUUACUUCUUUCUAUUUCAUACUACUUAUUCUAUAACUUUUUCACUUUAAAGAAAGAGUUCUCAAAGUCUCUUCUUAAUUAUUACAAAUUAAUUUAUAAAUAUAUGACAGUAUGGGAUUAUUAUUGGUGUAUAAUAACUACUUUUGUGAUCACUAUUGGCUGCAAUCUAUCAGAUAGCCUGGUAUUUUUUGAGGCUAGAGCUGUAAGAUUCCUAUUAGUUAGUUACAACAUAUUAUAUCUUAUUCCCGGGCAUAAACGAAGCCUUAAGGGACUUUUCUACUGUUUAAUACAAUUAAUACUAAUAAGAAUUGGCUACCUAACUGAUCCUUCUGAAGGAAGACAAGGUGAAUCUCCAAAUGAUCCUUAUUAUACAAGUAGUCUCAAUAUUCUGACAUUACUACUUCAUUAUCUAUUUAUUGUGAUUCACAACUUAGAUAUCAUUAAUUUUGUGAAUCUGGCUAUGAUGUUUGGCAUACUAAUCUACUUACAAAUAUAUACAAUAGAUUGUAUUUGGCUUCCAAGGAUAUACCUAAUAUUUUUAAUUUAUAUAAUAUAUUUAAAUAUACAUCGAUAUCAAAUUCAAAAUGAUUCAAAACAAAAGCUAAAAGAACUUUCUCUAAAAAAUAUAUGGAUAUCUUGUCAAGUAUUUCUAUAUAUUAUGUUGCAAAAAAAUCAAAUUAUUGCUUUCAGUUUGUCAUAUAUAGUACAAAUAUGUUCAAUAGAAAUGAUUAAAAAUGACUUGAAUAACCUUAAAGAUAGAAAAGUUGCAUCUUUGAAAAGCAGUUUAUAUUUGUAUCUUGUAUCUAAGCAAUGUUUUUUUAAUAUUGGUAAUAGGCCAAGAAUAGAUAAAAUACCGUCAAUGGUUGGACUCAUAGGACUUAAAUAUUAUACUCCAUUUGUAAGUUCUAUGAUGGUUGUUUUAUUUUUAUGCUCCCACCUAUUGAAUUUAUUACUUUGUAUUAAUAUGGAACCUUUAAUUAAUAAAACUGUAGCUAAUUCAACAAUAAUGGUAUUUAGCUUGAUUAAUCAGGUAUUUUCUUGUAUAGGUCUCUGCAUUCUUCGCCAUAACUUGAUGAUAUGGACAAUGUUCGCACCAAAAUUUGUUUAUCAAGUUGUUUUCAAUCUAUUUAUUGUAUUUAUUCUUACAUUAAUAGAAUAA